AUGUCGGCAGUUACACAAUCCGGAGGUGGUGGUGAAUCCACUUUCAGGGAUAAGGAGAAGCCCGUCGCUGUUCGAUCUUCUAAUAUCGUCGCGGCCCGAGCUGUUGCCGAUGCCAUCCGCACCUCUCUCGGCCCUCGUGGCAUGGACAAGAUGAUUCGAAGCGGAAAAGGCGAGACGAUUAUCACGAACGACGGCAACACCAUGCUGAAGAGCAUGUCGGUCCUGCACCCCACAGCCAAGAUGCUGGUCAACCUCUCCACGGCCCAGGACGUCGAAGCUGGUGACGGAACCACCUCGGUCGUAGUCAUUUGCGGAAGUCUUCUCGGCGCUGCUGACAGAUUGCUCAACAAGGGCAUUCACCCUUCAGUCAUCUCAGAAUCUUUCCAAAGGGCAGCUGCAGCUUCAGUCGAGAUUCUGCAUGAGAUGUCCCAGCCCAUCCAACUCACCGAUACUGCCGCCCUCCUCCAAGCCGCCAACACCUCCCUCUCAUCCAAGAUCGUGUCUCAGUAUUCUGGCCUCCUGGGGCCCAUGGCCGUUGGCGGUACCAUCGAAGACAGCGAGCUCGUCGACGGUCUCGUAUUAGAACAGCCUGUUCUAAAGAGCGGUGGUGGCCCCGCGAGGAUGGAGAAGGCGAGGAUCGGUCUCAUCCAGUUCCAGCUCAGCCCUCCCAAGCCCGAUAUGGAAAACACUAUCGCGGUCAACGAUUACAGGCAGAUGGACAAGAUUGUUAAGGAAGAGCGCCAGUAUCUCCUCAACAUUGUGAAGAAGAUUAAGAAGGCGAAGUGCAAUCUGGGCAUCCUCGCCGUGAAGGAUAUUGAACGAGACGAGGUCGAGUUCAUCUGCAAGUCUACUGGGUGCAAGCCUAUCGCGGACAUUGACUCGUUCACCGAAGACAAGCUCGGCAGCGCUGAUCUAGUCGAAGAGGUCCAGUCCUCCGGUUCGCGCAUGGUCAAGGUCACCGGAACCAGGUCUCUCGGCAAGACGGUAUCCGUCGUCGUCCGAGGAGCCAACUCACUGAUCCUCGAUGAGGCUGAGCGAAGUCUUCACGAUGCUCACUGCGUUGUUAGGUGUUUGGUGAAGAAGAAGGCACUGAUUGCUGGAGGUGGUGCCCCAGAGAUCGAGAUCGCGGCCCAACUCUCCAAGCAGGCCAGGACACUUACUGGUGCCGAGGCUAUCUGCUUCAAGGCAUUCGCCGAUGCUCUGGAAGUGAUUCCUACCACUCUGGCUGAAAAUGCUGGCCUUAAUAGCAUCAAGGUUGUCACCGAGCUGCGUCACAGGCACGAGAUGGGCGAGAAGAAUGCGGGUGUCAGUAUCAAGUCUGGUGGCGUCAACUCCAAUAUUGCCAAGGAGAACGUACUCCAACCCCUUUUGGUCAGCACGAGCGCCAUUGAGCUGGCGGCUGAAACGGUCAAGAUGAUUCUGCGCAUUGAUGAUAUUGCGCUCAGCAGGUAG